GCGCCUAAUCAGAAAGUAUCCAGGCGUGAGGAAACAGGAUGGAUAAGACAUAGCUGUGAUCCACGAAGAGGGUUUGAGGCAACAACAUUGUGUCGAAACAAGAAUGAGGAAAGACUCAGUCUGAGAGCAGCUCGGAGUCUGACAGCAGCUCUGUUACUCUGCAAACAUGGCAACUUUCCUCCACCGACUCCUCUUAAUCACUUCUUUACUGUCGCUGACGUCAAACCUUGUCAGUUCCAACAUCUGCACAUCACGAGGAGUCUCCACUUGUCAGCAGUGUUUGGCUGUUCACCCGAGCUGUGCGUGGUGUUCACAGGAGGAGUUGGGGAAAGGUGGAUCCAGUGUGUCCCGUUGUGACCUGAAGGCAAAUCUGCUGGAUGGAGGGUGUGGUGAGGGGGCGGUGGAGUUUCCAGUCAGCACUCUGGAAAUCCAGAAGGAUGCACCCCUCAGCGACAGAGCCUCGGGGACAGCUGACGAUGUUACUCAGAUAAAACCUCAGAAGCUACAUAUGAAGCUAAGACCAGGCGAUGCAAAGCGUUUCACUGUGACAGUGAAACAGGUGGAGGACUACCCAGUGGAUCUCUACUAUUUAAUGGAUCUCUCGUAUUCAAUGAAGGAUGACUUGGCCCGCCUUUACACAUUAGGCAAUCAACUUGCAGCAACCAUGGGCCGCACGACAAGCAACCUAAGGAUGGGUUUUGGAGCCUUUGUGGAUAAAACCACAUCUCCUUACAUGUACACUUACCCUCCAGAGGCUCUGGAAAACCCUUGCUUUGGGAUGGGUACCACGUGCAAUGCUCAGUUUGGGUUCAAGAACGUCUUGUCACUGACUGAGAAGGUGGAACGCUUCACUGAGGAGGUGGGGAAACAGCAGAUAUCCAGAAACAGAGACGCUCCAGAGGGAGGAUUUGAUGCUAUCAUGCAGGCAGUAGUGUGCAAGGAAAGGAUUGGCUGGCGUUCUGAUGCUAGUCACCUACUAGUGUUCACCACUGAUGCCAAAACUCACAUUGCACUUGAUGGACGUGUUGCUGGCAUUGUUCAGCCCAAUGAUGGACAAUGUCACCUUGAUGUUGACAAAGUUUACGACAAAUCCACUGCGCUGGACUAUCCUUCUUUGGCACUUAUGACUGAGAAAAUGUCUGAAAACAACAUCAAUUUAAUUUUUGCUGUGACACCACAUGUGGUUCCACUAUACCUGGAGUACAGUAACCUGAUUCCAGGUACAACUGUGGGAAACUUGUCACGUGACUCUGGGAAUGUUAUUCAACUCAUUGAAAAGGCUUAUGCGGAUAUACGGUCUAAAGUACAGCUGGAGCUGCUGGGAGUCCCAGAGGAGUUAAAUCUCUCCUUUAAUGCCACUUGUCUAAAUGGAGAGGUCAUCCCUGGAGUCAAGUCCUGCUCUGGCCUCAAAAUUGGAGAAACGGUGUCAUUUAGCGUGGGGGCUCAGUUGCGUGGCUGUCCCAAGGAGAAGAGUCGCACUUUCACUAUUAAGCCUCUAGGCUUCAAGGAUGCCUUGGAGGUCACAGUGGACUUUGCCUGCAGUUGUGACUGUGAGGCUCAGGCCGAGGCCAAUAGCUCCCUCUGCAGCCAAGGCAACGGGACCUACGAGUGCGGUGUAUGUCACUGCCACAAAGGUCGCCUGGGUCCACGCUGCGAGUGUUCAGUGGAAGACUACAGCCCAUCGGAUGAUGCUAACUGCAUCCAAAAGUUGGACAGUCCGAUCUGCAGUGGGAGAGGUGACUGUUUGUGCGGACAGUGCUCCUGUCAUACCAGUGAGUUCGGUCAGAUAUGGGGCACAUACUGCCAAUGUGACAAUUUUAACUGCCUACGCUUCAAAGGAGCACUGUGUUCUGGUAAUGGGAAAUGUAACUGUGGUUCCUGUGAUUGUGAUUCUGGCUGGACUGGAGUGAACUGUAACUGUUCCACACGCACAGACGGGUGCAUGUCCAACAUCGGGCUGCUGUGCAGUGGCCGUGGCCACUGUCAGUGCGGCGUGUGUGAAUGCACUCAGCCUGGCGCCUACGGAGCAAAGUGCGAGAAAUGUCCUACCUGCCCUGAUGCCUGCACCAUAAAAAAGGAGUGUGUUGAGUGUCAGCACUUCAAGAGAGGACAGUACACCUCCGACAACACUUGCAGUAUCAUCUGCAAAGAUGAAAUCAGACCAGUGGAUGAACUGGGCUUCCAUGAUAAAAAUGCAGUGAAUUGUUCGUACAAAGACGAGAACGACUGCGUGGAGCGUUUCCAGUAUUAUGAAGAUAAAAGUGGCAAUUCCAUACUGUUUGUGGUGAAAGAACCAGAGUGCCCUGAGGGUCCUGACAUCUUAGUGGUGCUCUUGGCAGUGGCUGGAGCCAUUCUGCUGCUCGGCUUGGCCGCUCUGCUGAUCUGGAAGCUGGUCAUCACCAUCCAUGACCGCAGAGAGUUUGCCAAGUUUGAGGAGGAGCGAGCCAAAGCCAAGUGGGAUACGGGUGACAACCCUUUGUACAAAGGAGCCACCUCCACUUUUACCAACGUGGCGUACCGAGGCAAGUAACAGCCAAACGCCAAGAGGAAAACUCAGGACUCUACGACAGAGACGCAAUGUUCUGACGCAGAAACGGACGGGGCGGCGGUCAUUUAUUUUACACUGUCAUGUCACCAGCUACUGUAGCAGACAAGUGGUUAUUGCAGUCAGUGAAAAAAAUGUAAUUGUAUAUAUUGUAAAAUCAUUAAAGUUUAUAAGAAUUAUUCUUAUAAAAAGCAGUGUGCUUUUAGGGUUAUUACUGCUCUAAGUGAAAUCCCCUGCAGGGACAGUCUAUGUGGCUCCACUGAGAAUAUCCAAAGAGUUUUUAGUGUUUUGAUUAUUUGAUUGACAGUUUGAGAAUUUAAUCAAAUUGUGGGUUGGAUUAUCUGUUAACAGUCUGCAACAUGACUGACGGAGAAACUUUUUUUUUUUUUACUUUUUUUUUAAGACUGCUUCCUCUCUGAUAAGAGAAACUGAGGCAACUGCUGUUUGAGAUCUGUCACUUUUUUUCUGUAGAUGUUUUUUGCAACAUUUACUUGAGGGUUUUUUUUUUUUUUUGUCACAUUUUGAACUGGAGGACACUCUUAGAGUACAUACCUACACCAGACUUCACAACUCCUCUGCAGUGUUUGGAUUUAUUCAUUCUGAACAGUCAAAAUGAUGACAGGUGCUGUUUUGUCAAAAGGAUGGAAAACAACACGGAAAUUAAAGGGUCACAUUAUUU